UUGUGGUGGACUGUUGCAAUGACCUCAUGAAGGCAGGCGCCAGAAAUGGGUUGGAGAACGUAGGUGCAGCGCUCACAUGUAGUUAAAUCUAGGUUGCAUUAGAAAAAAUAAAGUCUGGGGUGAAUUGUAACGCUUUAAAACACGCCUUUGAAGAGUUCAGAACAACGCCGGUGGACGAUGUUCGUCGCUCGGAGCAUUGCGGCGGAUCACAAGGAUCUGAUCCACGAUGUUUCCUACGAUUUUCACGGCAGGAGAAUGGCGACUUGUUCCAGCGACCAGAGUGUCAAGGUCUGGGACAAAAGUGAAAACGGAGAAUGGCACUGCACAGCCAGUUGGAAGACUCACAGCGGCUCAGUGUGGAGAGUGACCUGGGCCCACCCAGAGUUCGGCCAGGUCCUGGCCUCUUGUUCUUUUGACAGGACGGCCGCGGUGUGGGAGGAGAUCGUCGGGGAGUCCAACGACAAGCAGCGCGGCCAGAGCCACUGGAUUAAGAGAACCACGCUUGUUGACAGCAGGACGUCUGUAACUGAUGUUAAGUUCGCUCCAAAGCACAUGGGCCUGAUGCUGACCACGUGUUCGGCUGACGGGGUUGUGCGGAUCUAUGAGGCCCCUGAUGUGAUGAACCUCAGCCAGUGGUCGCUGCAGCACGAGAUCUCCUGCAAGCUCAGCUGCAGCUGCAUUUCCUGGAACCCCUCCAGCUCCCGGGCACAUUCUCCCAUGAUUGCAGUGGGAAGUGACGACAGCAACGUUGCCUAUGGAGGCAAAGUCCAGAUAUACGAGUACAAUGAAAACACGAGGAAGUAUGCAAAGGCAGAGACACUGAUGACAGUCACAGAGCCAGUUCACGACAUUGCAUUUGCUCCAAACCUGGGGAGGUCAUUCCACGUGCUGGCGGUAGCAACCAAAGACGUCCGCAUCUUCAAGUUAAUACCUCUUCGACGAGAAACCAGCUCUUCGACGGGCCCAACGAAGUUUGAAGUGCAGAUUGUGGCCCAGUUUGAGAACCACAACUCCCAGGUGUGGCGAGUAAGCUGGAACAUAACCAGCACCCUCCUGGCCUCUUCUGGGGACGAUGGCUGUGUGCGGCUAUGGAAAGCUAAUUACAUGGAUAAUUGGAAGUGCACAGGAAUUCUGAAGGGGGACGGCAGUCCAGUGAACGGGUCUUCUAAUCAGCAGGGCAUCUUGAAUUCGGCAGCGGGGUCUGCUGGUCAGGCCUCUCAGAACUCCCUAAAUGGCUCUUCAGCUGGAAGAAAGAAAGCUCAGCUGAUACCAGGCUAAUUGGAGUAAUUUGCUGUUUUGCUGCUUGUUGCAUGCACACAGGAAUGGAAAGAGAACUCCUUUUUCCCCUCCCCUGCGCCGGCUGACUUCUCCCAAGACACACCUGCAGCCUGCUUUCUACUAAUCACAAACCCCAAAGGCUGUUUCUUAUGUCUGUCCCAGUUUGUUCAUACUGAAAUCCUUACAUGGGCAGGAAUUUGUAAAAGACGUAUAUAUAUAUGUGACAGGUUGCACUUAUCUAAAACUGAUACUGAAAUCUAGCUGGAUCUUAAACUUCAGGCAGUUUUAGUGAGGUCUGGGACAGCUAGCUCCGGUUUUCCGGAUUUGGGACAAUGCCUUGCAGAAAGGUUUGCUCUGGACAGCUUCCUUCCAUGCUAGACCAAAUCAGUGAUCAGCUGCAAUUACUACAAAAGUGUUUCAAUUUAUUUUUCUAGCCUUUGAUUUAAUACAACCAAAAUGCCGUUCUGCUAUUCAAAGAAGUGAUGUGACUGAUGUGAUUGCUUUUGUAAAAAUCUUUUACCAAGCACCGUUGAAUUUGCUUGUUAACAUCAAGUGUUAACCUCUGAGUUCUGAGUGUGUUUGUGUGUAUUUGGGUGUGAUUGUCAUCCUCUCAAACCAACUUGGAAGAUCUGAAUCCUCAACAUUGUUGUUGUAGUUGUGAUUCUUUACAGACAACCUGCACACAAAUCCUUCUGUGAGAACUUGUUUGUCCUCUAUAUUAGCUUUGUGUUUACACGAGCUGUUUCCCUUUAAAAUCUUUGAAGAAUGUUUGAAAAAAGAGAUAGCCCAAGAGCUCUUUUCACUUUACUCCUAGCAACCAAAUGAGGAAGGUGGUCCUUCUCAUUUGCAAUUUGUGUUCUAGUGUCGGAGCUAUAUGGAAAGUUGUCUAGAGAAAACCUUUGGGAAGUUGUUUUUAAAUAGAAUAACACAAAGGCAAAAUGUGCUCAACAGUAUCACUUGCAUGGUCUCACCCAGCCUGUCUCUGAAAGCAGGAAAUUUUGAAAGUUUCUAAAUUAAAAGUUUGAAUAUUAAAGGUAGUUACAUGGAUAGUUUCCUCACCUGCCACAUGGUCUGGACAAACUGAUUCUGUAUUGACUGUUAUUAUAUUUUCUUUGGUAAAAAUUUAAACCAAGAAUGUCAAAUAAAAUUUUCACUUUUUUUACUUCA